CAUAAAGCUGAAACAGGUUGGAUUCGAGGGUCCGGAAGCUCCCUCUAGUAGCAUCAACAGGUCGUAAUGUGACUUUCUAGUUAACAGAGUUAUCCAUGGUUGUUGGACGGUCGGAAAGGAGGAGAGUUGCCACCUUUAACUUACGUUACCAAAGUUACCAACCUUACCAGGCAAUUAGUUAUCGAUAAUAUGCACCUGGGAUGAAGAGCGCCAAGACCCUAAACCCCUUGAACCCAGGGUUUUUGACGACUGCCAAGGACACAGGAAGUGCAAGCUCCUGCUCACUGCAAACCGACUCCAUUCUCACAACGUCUCGGUGAAUUCUCAGCAUUUCUUGCUGCCAGUCCUGUGCGACCCCGUCAUCUCACUUGGGAAGCCUGCGACUGCCAUGGACCGCUCUGCAGUGGCAAAUUUGACUGCGGGGCCGCUUGCAACCGUGUGAGCCAUCAUCAGCGCUCACUUGAAACUUCCAGGGUUAGCUGUGCGGAAUACGCCACACUCAUCCACCAUCCACCGUAUCCUACCAUAUCCACCAUCACCAAGAAUGGCGAAAAAGGGGAAGAGCACCAGCAGCGCUCCGGCGCCCAACCCAGCCCCGGCGGCCGGCAAGGCAGCCAAGAAGGACACCAAGAAGCCGCCGGCCACCGAAGGCGACUUCAUCGUGUUCACCAACUCGGACAAAGACAACACCAAGAAUAGACGAGGGGGCGGCGGUCCUUCCAAACCCUCGACGCCGGCCGCCAACCCAAUCGACGGGGCCGCCGCUGCCCCUGACGGCCAGCCCCGCCCCACAGUGCGCCAGCUCAUCGGCGGCGCCUCGUGGACCGGCAAGCUGCCCGUCAACCUGCUGUCCGAGCACUGCCAGAAGCAGCGCUGGGAGAAGCCCGACUACACCACCAUCAAGACCAAGGACGGCUUCUCCGUGCUGGUCUCGCUGGGCGCGCGCAACCCCAAGACGGGCGAGCUGACCAAGCUGCCGCCCUUCAAGCUGCCGCCGUCCCACGCGCACCUGGCGGUCAGGCCGACCGCGCUCGAGGCCAAGCACUGCGCCGCCACGUACGCGCUCUACCGCGUCUGCAGCAUGAAGAACCUGCACAUCUCCCUGCCGCCGGACUACAAGGCCCUGUGGAAGGACUUCGAGGCGCUCAAGAAGGUCGACGUGAAGGAGGGCCGCGGCUGGAUGUACGAGGCCGAUCCGUUCCAGGCGGCCCGCGAGCGCGAGGAGGCGAAGGCCGCCGCGGAGAAGAAGCGAGCCUUGGCCCAGGCGCAGAGGGAGAAGGCAGGGGAUGCGGCCGGUCAGCCGGGCGCGGCGCUUGCUUUCAGGGGGGCUGGCGGAGGAGCGGCGGGAGGCGGCGGAGGAGGAGGCGGCGGUGCAGGGGCGCAUAGUCUGAUGAGAGGCUGGGCGACGGUGCCCAAGAUCGAGAUGGGGAACAAGACGCGAUCGCAGCUCGAGGAUUUGCUGAGGAGGGAGACGGUCUGGAAUCCCCACGGCGUGGUCAUGCCGCCGCAGCAGAAGGAAGCCAUCGUCAAGGAGUUCAGGGAGCUGGGCUUUCGGCAGAGCCACGUGGAGGAGGCAGUGGAGGAGUGCAAAGACCGCGAGGAGACGCUGGAGUGGCUGUUGGUGCAUGUCCCCGAGGACGAUCUGCCCAGAUGGGCGCUGCCGGAGAGGUACACUGCCGGAGUGACGGUGGCAGCUACUGAUCUGCGGAGGGAGGGGGCCAUCAAGCGCCUCUCCGAGUCGGGGUACUCGAUCGACCUCUGCCGCAAGAUCCUCGACGCCAGCGGUGGCGACGAGGGCAAGGCCGCCGAGGCGCUGCAAAAGCUGCUCCUCUCGAGCGGCGCCGGCGACCACGAUGCUGCGCCCCAGGAGGAGGAAAGCAACUCGUGGAGAGACCCAGACGAGUGCUGGGACGAGGAGAUGGCGACCCUAGAGGCCAGUUUUGGAGAUAAGUUCACGCGCACCUCCCCCGAAGUCUGCCAGAUACGGCUCGAGUCGGUGGUCAACGGAACCAAUGUCGAUGUUGAGACGUACUUGCAAUUUCGGAAGUCGCCCCAGUAUCCAGCCCAGGUCAUCUUGUCCGUCGUGGCGCCGCUGCCUGCGUACAUAAAGCUGAGCGUCAUCAAGAAGGCUCUGGCGUACGCUAGCGAGUCGCUGCAGGGCGAGGAGAUGAAGAUUUACUUCCUCGCAAGUUGGGCGCAGGAGAACAUCAACGAGAUUAUUGAGAAACCAGGCGCGCUCCGGGAUGUCGCCGCCGUGUCAUCGGCAGCUUCAGAGGAGCACACCCACGUGGCUCGGCCAGCAAGGAGACGGCCUCGAUACCCUAAGCCUAUCGACUGGACGCCGAAUCCACGGAGCACGCAAGAGUGGAUGGCGAGAAUUGAGACUCCGGCCUACAAGAAGAUGCUCUCCCAGCGGGAGCGCUUGCCCGCGUGGCAGGUCAGAGCCGAGGUGGUCCGCACCGUCACUGAGAAUCAGGUGACUAUCAUCUCGGGCGAGACUGGUUCCGGCAAGUCCACGCAGUCCGUGCAGUUCAUCCUGGACGACCUGUACAGCCGGGGGCUCGGGAACGGCGCGAAUAUCGUGGUAACGCAGCCGCGCCGUAUCUCCGCCCUCGGUCUUGCCGACCGCGUCGCAGAGGAGCGGUGCACUCCGGUCGGCCAUGAAGUGGGCUACUCGAUCCGCGGCGAGAGCAGGACCGGCCCGAACACCAAGAUCACCUUUGUUACUACCGGUGUCCUGCUGCGACGGUUACAGACGUCCGGCGGCAGAGUCGAGGAUGUGGUCGCCUCUCUCGCUGAUGUCAGCCACAUCGUGGUGGAUGAAGUCCACGAGCGCAGCCUGGACACCGACUUCCUGCUGAGCAUCGUGCGCGACGUCCUCUACAAGCGGCGGGACCUUAAGCUCAUCCUGAUGAGUGCCACCCUCGACGCCGCGUCCUUUAGGGACUACUUCAUGGCCGACAGGCAAGAUGUCACUGUUGGCCUGGUCGAGAUCUCUGGCCGCACAUACCCGGUUCAGGACUAUUAUCUCGACGACGUGAUCCGUAUGACAGGCUUCAGCGUCGGGAGCAGGAACGACUUUGACGACGAUGGAUUCAGCACGCCGUCGGGCGAGCAGCAGGCAGAUCCCAUCAAUAAAACCAUCCAGAAGCUCGGCACCCGCAUCAACUAUGACCUCCUCGUUGAGACCGUCCGGGCCAUCGAUGCUGACCUGUCGACGACGCAGAAGGCCGGCGGUAUCUUGAUCUUCCUGCCGGGGGUAGCCGAGAUCAACCGUGCGUGCAACGCCCUGCGGGCGACUCCUUCGCUUCAUGUCCUGCCGCUCCACGCAUCGCUGGAGACCAGAGAGCAGAAGAAAGUCUUCGCCGCUCCGCCGCCAGGCAAGAGGAAGGUCGUCGUGGCCACGAACGUGGCGGAGACGUCCAUCACCAUCGACGACAUCGUCGCCGUCGUCGACAGCGGCAGGGUCAAGGAGACCUCGUUCGACCCAACAAACAACAUGCGCAAGCUCGAGGAGACAUGGGCCUCCCGGGCCGCCUGCAAGCAGCGCCGUGGCCGUGCCGGCCGUGUCCAGGCCGGCAAGUGCUACAAGCUCUACACGCGCAACCUCGAGUCGCAGAUGGCCGAGCGGCCCGACCCCGAGAUCCGGCGCGUGCCGCUCGAGCAGCUCUGCCUCGCCGUCCGCGCCAUGGGCAUCCGCGACAUCAGCCUCUUCCUCUCGCGCGCGCCAACGCCGCCCGAGGCGACCGCCGUCGAGGGCGCCAUCACCAUGCUGCGGCGGAUGGGCGCGCUCGACGGCGACGAGCUGACCGCGCUGGGCCAGCAGCUGGCCAUGAUCCCCGCCGAUCUGCGCUGCGGCAAGCUGAUGGUCUACGGCGCCAUCUUCGGCUGUCUCGACGACUGCGUCACCAUCGCCGCCAUCCUGAGCACCCGGAGCCCGUUCCUGUCCCCCGCCGAGAAGCGCGAGGAAGCAAAGCAGGCCAGGAUGCGCUUCGCCCGCGGCGACGGCGAUCUGCUCACCGACCUGCGGGCGUACCAGGAGUGGGACGCCAUGAUGUCCGACCGGGGCGUCCCGCAGCGGCGCGUCCGCCAGUGGUGCGACGAGAACUUCCUGUCCUUCCCGGCGCUCUCCGACAUCGCGUCGACCCGCUCGCAGUUCUACACCUCGCUCUCCGAGCUGGGCAUCCGCCCGCCGCCGCCUUCUUCUUCGCGAGCCCCCUCCUCCUCUUCCGCCCCUCUCCUCCGCGCGCUCACCGCGUCCGCCUUCGCGCCGCAGAUCUGCCGCAUCCAGUUCCCCGACAAGAAGUUCGCCACGUCCGUCUCGGGCGCCGUCGAGCUCGACCCGGAGGCCAGGACCAUCCGCUACUUCUCGCAGGACCACGGCCGCGUCUUCAUCCAUCCCUCCAGCACCCUGUUCGACGCCCAGGCGUUUCCGAGCGGCGCCGCCUUCCUGUCGUACUUCACUAUGCUUAGCACAAGCAAAGUGUUUGUGCGUGAUCUAACGCCCUUCAACGCCUACACCCUCCUCCUCUUCUCCGGCGCCGACAUCGCCCUCGACACCCAGGGCCGCGGCCUGCUCGUCGACGGCUGGCUGCGCCUGCGCGGCUGGGCCCGCAUCGGCGUGCUCGCCUCGCGCCUGCGCGGCGUCAUCGACCGGCUGAUUGCGCGGCGCGUCGAGAACCCUGCGUUUUCUUCGGUUGCUCUUGACGGCGGUUCUUCUUCUUCCGCCGCCGGUGCUGCUAAUGGUGGUGGUGGUAUUGGUGGCGGUGGUGGUGGCGGCGGCGGUUCAGGGGAGGGCGAGGUCGAGAGGGAGAGGGAGAGGGAGAGGGAGAUCAUCAGGCUUGUGACGAGGCUGGUCGAGCUGGACGGGCUGGAUGCGUGAACACCAGGGUCUCCGUUUCCAUUUUCGUUCUCUCAUCAUACAUACGCUUCGGAUCUGGAGACUUGCUUUGUCCUGUGAUGGGCAGUUGAAGUAUGGGCCAGGAGGCAAUGAGAUUUGGAUGGGAGUGUUGGGUUGGGUUG